CCAUUUGCACAGCACUAACGUCAAGAAAGAAACGUCAAACACGAAAGGUAAAACGAAAAAAAACGAAGAAUGUAAAGCGAAGCGUAGGGGCAGCAACAAGCAGAGAAAACGAACACCAUAUUUAUUGUCCGCGAAGUAUUUGUUUAGUUAUUUAGCUGGUACUCGUUCAUAUUUGUGCUAAAACGCGUGAGAAUUCGCGGGGGAGGAGAGUAAAUACCAAGUAACGGUGUUGGUGGACAGCUGGCCGCGAGUGUAAACAGAAAGUGUUGCCUCUCGCUCGCACGCUCCGUCGCAAGAAAUAUUCUUAUCAGGCGGAUUCCCCAACCUUGGGUUUAUAGAGCACACAUAUAGGUUAAUAGCCCCCGCUCAUCGGUCAUCCACACACACGAUCCAUACGUAACACGCCGAGAUGGCAGCGACGCCAGCGCCAGCAGCGCCGCCGGCAGCGACUGCGAAAAGUCCUGCGAACCCGCUGUCCGCCGAGGAGACAACCCUUCUCCGGGGACUCGACAAACUGCGCAACGAGAACAAACUCACCGAUGUCACCCUGAUCGUCGAGGAGCACCGCUUCAAGGCUCACCGCGUCGUUCUGGCGGCCAGCAGCGAUUACUUUUGCGCCAUGUUCGCCGACUGUGCCAUGAUCGAGUCACGCAAGGACGAGAUAAACCUGUACGGGAUCACGGCCAGGGCAAUGGGCGCGAUCCUCGACUUCAUAUACACCUCGACGUUGGAACUGAACUACGAUAACAUCGAGGAGAUCCUGGCGGCAGCCACCCACGUCCAGGUGCGCGAGGUGAUCGAGCGCUGCACCAUCUUCCUGGGCACCAAAAUCGAGAUGGAGAACUGCCUGGCCAUCGCGGGCAUGGCCGACAUCUACGGCAUCAUGGACUUGUCCGAGCGGGCCCACCGCUACAUCUGCGCUCACUUCGAGGAGUUUGCGACCACCGCGGACUUCAGGGAAAUGAAGGUGGAGCAGCUGAGCUUCAUCCUGGGCAGCAACUAUCCCAUCGAUGUGGCCGAACAGGACCUGGUGCGUCUGGUGUGCAGCUAUGCGUUGGAGCAGCAGCAGGAGGAGAGCGAACUGCGGGAUCUGCUGCGACUGAUCAAGUGGCUGCACAUCAACAUCGCGGCUCUGGAGGAACUGAAGCACAUGAACUGCUCGCUGGACGAGGGAAAGCAACUGCAACUGCCUACCACCUACUACAAUCGCAUUGAGCAGGAGUAUUUGGCUGCGCUGCUCAACGGAGGGGUCCCCUCCCUGGAGGAUCAAUCACCGUCGCAGGGACCGAAAAAUAUGCGCGGCAUGGAGCUGUGCCUGCUCAAGAUCGGAGGCUUCGAGUGGAAGGGACUAACCAAUGUGAUAAUGUGCUUCUCGCCGACCAAGAUGAGUUGGUACGAGUUGACCGCCAUACCGCACAUCGAUCAGUGCAACUUUGGCACUGCCGUCCUCAACAACAAACUCUUCAUCGUGGGCGGGGCCUACGAUGUCUGCCUGAAGGAGUACAUCCAUCCCUUUGGCUUCUGCUACUGCCCGCUGCGGAACACCUGGAUGACCAUAGCGCCCAUUCAGCUGGAUCGCUGCCGCUUCUCGUUGAAUGCGGUGGGCAACCGGCACCUGUAUGCGGUGGGCGGCAUCCUGGACGACGAUAAUUCCGAGGAGGCGCUGCGCACCAUCUCCAAUGUGGAGCGCUACGACACGGAGCAGAAUGUGUGGACCUAUAUGCCCAGUCUGCAGGAGAAUCGCAGUCAGCAUGCCGGCGUCGUUGUGGGCGACAAGCUGUACAUCUCCGGUGGCAUCCAAUUGGCCAACAUCCUGGCGAGCAUGUGGGUGUUCGACACGAAGGCGGAGCUCUGGCAGGAGCUGGCACCGAUGCCCACGCCCUGCUGUGACCACGUCCUGGUGGCCGUCGAUAAUCGCAUCUAUGCCUGCGGUGGCUGGCACGAGAGUCUGACGGAGUCGCGGGUGCUGGUGCAGCACAUCUAUGCCUACGACAUCGAGACGAAUGCGUGGAGUGUGGAGACACAGAUACCGGCCCCGAAGUUCUACUCCGGCGUGACGGCGAUGGGCAGAACCAUCUUCUUCGUGGGCGGACUGGACUCCACGGAGUCGAUUGACCGGGCCAGUGCCGAGACCAUGGCCUACGACCUGGAUACCAAGGAGUGGUGGCGCGAGAAGGACUCGUGGGACUCGCCCAACGACGUCUGGGAGUCGACGUGCGCGGCCAUCUACGUGCCCAUGUGCGACUUCUAACUGCCAAGAAGCUACUAAAGUCCAUCCAUAUCUUCUCCCCAUCGAAUUUAGCGAUUCUCAUUACAUUUUUAUAGAUAUAUGUAUACGUAGUAUGUAUAGCUAGUGUAGACCUACAUGCGAGAUUUGUGAUGACUGUACACAGUGACGAGAUGUGCCAAGCACGGCAACGAGAACGUUUAGACCUAAAUGCCUUAAUUUCGCCUUCGAAAUACGAAAUAGGUAAUGUUAAAUUAUUGAAAUAAUAUGUAAUUAGUAUGUAUAGACCGCAGCUGCCUUCUCUACACUGUUGAAUGAUAACAAAUAGGUAGUGUAAGGACCCAUUGUACUUAAUCUGUAUAGACUACAAUAAGGACUGUCCUUCCUCGCUUUUUUUCUCAACAUUUUACUCGAUGUAUUACACUUCACUUUAAUGAGCAUCUUCAUAGCUUAUAAUUUCUACAACAAAGGAUACUGCCGAAAAUAUAUUUUUUAUUUGACAAAAGGACCUUCUAGGCGGCAAACUGUGUAAAAAGAAUGAAGGCCAUUGACAAUAAACGAAAAUAAACUAUAAAUGAUGCGAA